AUGUAUACAAAUUAUGUUUUAGAUAUAAAAAAUUUCAAAGGAAACGUUGAAAUAUCAGUUGUGCCCAAGUCAAAAGGCAUAGCCAAAAGUUUUUUUUAUAUAAUAAUAUUUACUAUACUCAUGGGAUUUAUUUCGCCCUCAAUUUUUUUUAAUAAAUUGGAUGUUCAUUACAAUAACUACAUAAAAUUGUUAAUAAUAAUAGCAAUCGAUUUGAUUAUUUUCAAAUUAAAUCUAAACUUUGGAGAACGUUUAUCUAUUUAUCCAAGCCAUGGUAUUUUGUAUGAAAAAUAUAAAAUUCCUUAUAUAAAUACUAAUUCACUGUUUAUUGCCAAACAAGACAUUAUAAAUAUUGUGAUUAAUGAAGUUUUUGUUAAAUCCUGCAGAGUAGUUCAUAUGCUAGUUGUAAUUAGAAAAGACCGUUGCAAUAACACAACAACUUUAUUCAAAAAUACUAUGCCUCGAUUAAAAGAUUUAAUAGAAAUAUACAACAUAUGUCAUACCCAUUUUGGUAGGUCAAGUUCCCAUGGUGCCUGA